AUGACCCAGGGGCGUCGCAUCGAGUACAACUGGAUCAGAGAUGUAGAGACACUUGAGAACUACGAGCCUGGAGGCUACCAUCCUAUCAUGGUCGGCAAAAUGCUGCAUGGACGAUACUAUAUUGCAGACAAACUUGGGCAUGGAGAAUACUCAACUGUAUGGCUGGCCCAUGACACUCAUCUAAAGCGAUAUGUUGCCCUUAAGGUCAAUAUGGCAUCCACAAUCCCACGCGAGCCGAAAGUCCUCAGAGCUCUAUCUGCAUCGCCUGAUCCAUCCUCACCUGAACACACGGGGCAUGGUUUGGUCUCUGACCUGCUAGAUGAGUUUGAGGUGCAAGGUCCCAACGGAACGCAUAGAUGUUACACGGUCACAUUGGCUGCCUGCAGCUUGAGAGAUACCCUGUUCAACUGCUUUUUCCCUUUGGAAAUUGCUCGAGCGCUUUCAUAUGGCCUGACAUGGGCUGUUGCACAUAUUCAUUCACGAGGCUAUGUUCACGGAGAUAUAUAUCUGAAUAACGCUUUGCUAAAGCUCCCUUCAAACUUCGAUGACCUUUCCAUUGAGCAGUUUUACAAGAAAUACGGCGAACCUGAGACAGUCCCUAUUACACAAUGCAGCGGGGAGCCGCUCCCCCCAAAUGUCCCAGCUAAAGCAGUUUUACCGUUGUUUCUUGGAAAGACUGCGGAUAAGCUCACACUCUCCGAAGCACGCCUCCUUCUUAGUGAUUUUGGCGAGGCUUUUGCUCCAGCCUCAGAAAUUCGACUUGGAAAGGACUGCCAUACCCCACUGUCUUUCCGGGCCCCAGAAAUCAAGUUUGAGCUAGAGGGGCUACUCACCUAUUCGUCUGAUAUUUGGAGCCUGGCUACGGCCAUCUGGGAUAUAAUUGGACUGCAUCCUAUAUUCAACUCUAAUUUUGUGACUGAAGAUGAGCUAGUAUGUCAGUAUAUUGAUGUGCUAGGGCCGAUGCCUUCAGAGUGGUGGUUGCGCUGGGAGGGGCGGAGCCAAUUCUUUUCUGAAGAUGGGCAAUCGACGGAGUAUCACCAGAGAAACAAACGGCCUCCACUGAAGGAGACAUUCGAGAACGAUGUGCAGAAAUGGAGGCGAAAAAGGGAAAGUGAGCUUGGAGAAGACGAGGCAGCCGCAUUUCUAGAUUUAAUGCGCCGGAUGCUGGUGUUUCGACCAGAAGGGCGACUAACUGCUGACGAGGUGCUCCAGUCAGAGUGGAUGGUUAAGUGGGCAUUGCCUGAUUACAAUCGGAGUUUGAAGGAUUCACUUUGA